AAGGAAAGAAAAAAAACCUAAAUCACGGAAGAGAUUCUGCUGUCCUACUAGUUUGGCAAGUUCUCUAGGCUCAAAGCAGCGUAGAAAGGCGGUGAAGAGGGCAGAAACUCAAAUUUGCGCACAUUUAUACACUUCUCUUGUCCGGCAGACGGUAUAAGAGAGAGGAGUCAUGGAGGCUGCAAUUCAGACCAUGGUGAAGGUCUUUCUGAAGUCAUCCAAGGGAAAGGAGAGUCUAGGAAAGAAAGAAUUCCAGGGCCUUGUCAAGAACCAGCUCUCCAACAUCCUUACGGACACAGACAGCAAGGAGGCGGUCAACAACAUGGGCCAGGGACUGGAUGCCAACCAGGAUGGCAAGGUUGGUUUUGAGGAGUACAUGAAGCUGGUCGGCUACCUGGCAGUCUCACUCAGCGAGCAACGUGCCCUCGCCCAAGAGGAGCCUGCCCAAAAUGCUGCGUCCGGACAAGUGGCACAAAGUGCCCCGGACAAAGAGGAAGAGAAGCCAGAGGCAAACGCAGAGGCAAAAAAGGAAGCAAAGCCAGAGGCAAAUGAAGAGGCAAAGGCAGAAGCAACUGCUGAAGUAAAGGUAAAAUCAAAUGCAGACGCAAAGGUAGAAGUAAAGGUAGAGGCAAAGGCAGAGGGGGAGAUGGAGCCUGAGGCAGCAAAGGAGGGGAAGAACCCAGCAGCAGCACCAGCGCUAACAGUCAAGGCGGCAGCAACGUCAGUGGAAGUGGUCGUGAAAGAAGAAGAGAAGGCCGGGAAAACAGAAAAGGUGGAGGCAGCUUCAGAGAUACUGGCUGCAACUGUGGAGGAAGAAGUGGAGAAGAAGACAGAGGAGGCAACCUCAUAGGGGACAAUCCAUUCCUUCACAAAAAAAUCACACUACACGCUUACAUUUAACGCUACACAGAGCAUAGCAAUUAAUGCCAAAAUAAGUUAGUAAACCACAAAAUAAUUUUUUUCAAAUAUACACGACUUUGAAAUACAAAAUAUCGGUGAAAGUUCAAACACUACAAACCCAGCUCUGAAGAAACCCCAUUCCUUAUAUAUGAUAAAUAAUACAUGUACAUGACAGUAGAAUUAUUGCUUUGUACUACUAGUUACCACUAUGUUCAUAUGUACAGCAUGUGCAUCCCACUAUAUAGCACAUUUACCUCAUUAUGAUCAUAUACUAUGAUAGCAUGCAGACCUACACUAUCAUAUGCAUGCCAUAUCCCUGUGAAAACUUUACUGCAAAAUGUAAUUUACCUGCAGCAGCUCACUGACACACAUGACCAAAGUGUCACUGUAUGUUAACACACCACUGCAGCCAAUAUGUUAGUUUAAAUCCCGUCCUCUCCCCACUUUUGUCUUUAUCUGGGUCUUUAUCUUCUUCCCAUUGGUCUUUAGUAAAACAUCAGCAGUAUACAUCUUGCUAAGCACUUAUGGUUUAAAGGAAUAGUUUCACCAUUUGGGAAAUAUGCUUAUUGGCUUUCUUGCCAGGAGUUAAAUGAGACGAUUGACACCACUCUUAUAUGUGUCCAUUGAAUAUGAAGCUACAGCCAGCAGCCAGUUAGCUCACUAAUUAACAUGUUAUAUCUGGGCAGUUUAAUCUUGUUUACACUUUGGUUUUUGUGCGGAUUAAACAAACAAGAUAUAAUUUGUUAAUUAGUGAGCUUUAGAGGUGCUGGUAGGUGGAUUUUGUUGACUUCGGACAGAGCCAAGCUAGCUGUUUCCCCCUGUUUACAGUCUUUAUGCUAGGCUAAGCUAACCUGCCGCUGGCUGUUGCUUAAUUUUUACCGUACAGACAUGAAAGUGGUAUCGAUCUUCUCAUCUAACUCUCGGCAAGAAAGCUAAUAAUUUCCCAAAAUGUUGUACUAUUCCUAUUAUGGUUGCAUGAAAAUCUGUCAAUAACACUAUAUAGAAUUUUUACAAUUUCAUCUUUUAACUCAAUGCUAUGGAGCUGAUUUGGCAUGACAAUAAACAAAUUGUUUUGCUGAAGCUGUGCAUUAAUUCAGCUCAUCUUAAUUGUGUACUCAGUGCACCAUCACACCAUCUUCUCUCUAUCUUUCUAGUCUACAUUAUUGGCUAUCUCUCUUUCUCUUUUUUCUGUAAUUCCCAGAGAGGUUCACUUUAUGUGGAUCCUACAGUAUAUUCUCUUCACUCGUAGUCAGCCAUGUAUUAGGAAGAUCAAGUGUGGCCCUUGGCUAAAUAAUUAAGCUUCAAGAAUGGAAUCCACACCAAAGGACCCUUGCGGUCAAAAGGGAGCCCAAAAUAGUCCCAUGAGAGUGGGUUGGUGACUAGAGGAGCAGGUCAGAGAAGGUGUUCAUGCAACCUAAUCCACCUGGAUUAGAACUGGUAGAGAAGAACAAGAUAACAAACGCCAAGAAGUCAAGAAACCCAUAGAAGGUGUCACGUGGAGGCAAUUUUUAUCUCGAGUACUUUACGAUACAAUUAGUGCAUUUUUAUUUGGUGUGUUUCUUCCAAACCAUAUGGUAUUUAAAUGGUCGGGUUCUACUUAUUGAUCCAUAAAGGUGCUGGACGGUACAUUAUCUAGAGUGACCACUGGUAGCACUGGAUUGGAGUGACAGAAACUUGACCUUUGUUUUGGAGGCUCUCUUUUAAAUUGCUCAUUGUUACUUGUUGUUUUCUGAUGGUUUUAGCACCAUUUGUUCAGGCUUGCGUGUGUGUUUUUCGGUCACACCCUCAUACAGUUUAAAGACCCUGUUUGACCUGCAACUGGAUCCUUGAGUCCCAGGCAUUUGGAAACUACUGGAUUAGGCAUUUGAUGGGUAACACACCCUGGGACACAAACAAUUACAUGAAAGUAAUCCUGGGCUCCAGUGAUCCUGCCCAUCAGACGAGGUGGUAGUGUCAAAGGGAUCGUUGUCAGAGGUUGUGCUUUUUUAAGCAAAAAAAGAAGACUGACCCAUCAAUAUGAAUCUAUGUGGUGCAAUCUUUCACAAAAGGCUAAUACAUAAAACGUUGCAUACUAUCAGAAACUUCUUUGCUAGUAUUACUAUUGUAUUGCAAUUAUUGUGGCCAAAUAUUUAAGUUCAACAUGGCCUCUUUAUAUUUAACUUUUCAACCUAACUCUUUCGUUUGGACCACUAUGGAGAUCACUUGAAAACAUACUUUUUUGUCACAUUAUAUGCAAUUUGUUAAUUACAACUGAAUGAUGUGUAGAUUCUCAUCAUCAAUAAUGCAGCCAUGAGAAAAGGGCUAGUGUUGCAGGCCUGCUAUGUUGUAGAUCUACCUGGCCAGCCACGUAGUGCUUAAGGCACACUACCAAAUGUGCACCUUAUGCACUGUAACAGGCAGCACCUGGCACUUCAAACUGCUCAGCAGCGAAAUGGGCAAGACAAAUAAACCUGAGUCAUGUGGUCACCCUGUCUCAUUGCGACACUCCCAUUGCAAAUACUCUCAUUUACACUCACUCUGCUCAGCUUUUAUACUCAUUGUAUGUUGCGUUUCCUGCAUGCUCUAUAACUAACAAACUUAUCAGACAUGUUGGGCUAUUUAGACUAUAUUAUUAUUUCUUUUAUUAAAACCUAUAUUAUUUUUAUAUCAAAACAUUUUCUAAUCAUGGUACUUCCUGUGAAUAAUGGAAACAUAUCACUCUCUUGCACCAUCUACAGCCAGCUUUCUGUUCAACAUGUGCAUAGGCCUCAGGCACUUGCAUCUUGUAUAUAUAUCCUGGCAAACUGCAUACCUUAUUUGCUAUUCCUCAUAGGCCAGGCGUGUUUUGUGCAUCUUUGUGUUCUUUGUUUGCUCUCAACCAAUAAUCAUAAGCAAAAAUAUGAUAAGAAGAAACUGGAUAAAGUUUGUUUAAAAUUACGUGACUUGCACUACCAACAGAUUUAGAGUAAACAGUCCUGGAUUAAACAUCAUCUGGAAAUUAUUUUAUUGCCGUUUUCUUUUAACCUAUUUGGAAUAGCAGAUGGACAGAGUGAACUAUGAGAGCCAAGUUUUCUUUCAAAAAUGCUGAACUGUACUGCAUUGGCAGUUUUGUUACUGUCCCAUAGUGUAAACCCCACCCAACCUUAACUCCAUGUAGAUUAAAAACAUGCUGGAACGAAACACAGCAGAUUUGCAGCAGGGAGUGUUUGCAGCCAGAUUCUCAUUGCCACACAAUAAGUCUCAAUCAUUCUUUGACCUGUGUUAAGAAUCCUCCCAGUAGAUAUACUGUACUAAGUGUACAUGCAAGUAUAUGGAUGUGUUUGAAAGGCUCAUUGGGUCAAAAUGUUUGUGAUUAUGGGACCAUUCCCAGGAUAUUGUGCAGGCUGCUCAUCACUGUGCGUUGAUGUGCUCUGUUUAUUUCCUGCCAAGUACUAGAGGGUGCGUGUUAAGCAUUUGGACUAAUUUCAGUCCACUGUCAUGUCCAGUAAACUCCACUAUGCUAGUAUUUCAACUUCAUAUGUAACGCUGUAUAAUUUUUGCUUAUUCUAUGUAACGUGUAAUGGCUAGUAUUGAAUAAAACUGUGACAAUAACGUA